AUGCUCGCUUCACAGCUCCUUCGCAUCCUCGCUACAUCCCUCGUGGCUGGUAGCCUUGCUCUCCCACUUAUUGGCAACGAUAACACAGAUGGCACAUCCAGCCUAGCCCAGGUCGACCUGGAAAUGCCAAGCAUACCCGAAACUGAGGUCAAGGCUGAAGCAAGCCACUACAAGCCAUAUAAACCAUACAAGCCUUACAAGCCAAAGAAGUACAAACCCUACAAACCCUAUAAGCCCUACAAGCCCUACAAGUCCUACGGCGUCAACUCGACCGAGGGCCAUGUAGAAGAAGCCGAGCACGUGAUCAUGGCCCGCGAUGAGAGCGGCUACAAACCAUCACCGUAUGGAGAGGAGGCUCCCAAGCCCAAGCCCAAGGCAGAGCCGAAGCCCAUCGCUCCCGCUGGACCACCUCCCACGGGGCCCCCGGCGACGGCACCUUACAUUCCUGCCGCGGCAGAACCUCCUGCCUACGAAGACCUGUAUGGUCACAAGUCUCCCAAGUAUGGCGGUUACGGCGAAUCCGAGUCUCCCAAGUAUGGUGGUUAUGGUGGCAAAGAGAAGCAGUGCAAGAUGUUCAACCUUCCUAUGUCCCUUGGCGAUAUGGAGAGCCUCGCCAGCAUCUUUCGCCGUGAUAAAACGCACAACGCCGCGGACAAACGGACAGAGUCCGCAGAGAAGGAGCAGUAUGGAGUCUAA